AUGGCAAUACGAAAAAAGAAGCCGGAAUAUGGCGAUCGUAUAAAGGUGGAAAUAGCAAUACGAAAAAAGAAGCCGGAAUAUGGCGAUCGUAUAAAGGUGGAAAUAGCAAUACGAAAAAAGAAGCCGGAAUAUGGCGAUCCGACAGAUGCCGUGAAUUGGUCGCACGUUCGAUCCGAGCAAAAUGCUGCCGACUUAGCCAGUCGUGGCGUUCCUUUGAGCGACCUGGUUGGAAGUCAACUCUGGUGGCAUGGUCCUGAGUGGUUACAAAGACCGGGAGACCAGUGGCCAGCAGUGUUCGUCCAAAAUCCAUCCACUGAGUUAGAGCAGCACGUGGUUAAGACCAAUUUCGCUAAAGCAGCCUCCGAGAAUUUCCUUACGCGUUUUUCUAAGCUCGACAAAGCCCUACGAGUUCUGGUGUAUGUGCUCCGUUUUCCGACUUGUUGCCGUAAAGGUCCCAAAGGACCAGCGGGCCCUCCUACAAACAUUGAAAUUCGGCAUUCUGGAGAAGUGCUUGUUGCGCUAGCUCAGCGCGAGGAAUAUGUCCAAGACCUUAAUUCUUCAAACAGCAAACGCCCGUUGUCUGGUUCAAGUCCAAUAAAGAACCUUUUUCCGUUUAUGGACCAACAAGGCCUAUUAAGAGCUAGUGGCCGCCUCUCAGCCUCAAAGGCCGUGAAGUAUGAUGAGCGUCGCCCUAUCAUCCUGCCUUAUAGUUGUCGGCUGUCUCGUCUCUUAGUCGAGUUUAUCCACCAGAUUUCGCUCCAUGGCGGCAAUCAGUUGAUGAUACGCAUAAUCCGAGCGAAGUAUUGGGUUCCAAAGCUCAAGAAUCUAGUAAAGGCGGUAGGGAGCUCUUGCAAGGUGUGCAUCAUCUUCAAGAAAAGGCUGCAGUCGCAACUGAUGGGCGAUCUUCCGACAGACCGUGUCUCCUUCUCGAGGCCUUUUACCUACACCGGCAUUGAUUACGCAGGCCCGUUUGAGAUCAAAAAUUACACAGGAAGAGCGCGCCCCAUUACAAAAGGGUACGUCUGCGUUUUUGUGUGCUUCUCAACUAAGGCCAUCCACUUGGAACCGACCUCUGACUUAACAACAGAGAAGUUCCUUGCGGCAUUCGCCCGGUUUGUGGCCAGACGAGGUUGUCCCCAGCGGGUCUAUUCAGACAACGGCAAAACCUUCGUUGGAGCAGCAACAUUGCUAUCCCGUGAUUUCCUGCAAGCGGUCAAGGAGUCAGCGAUGGGUACAUACGGCCAUCAAGGGCUUCUGUGGCGUUUCAUUCCACCAUGCGCACUGCAUAUGGGAGGCUUGUGGGAGACGGGUGGGAAAAGUUUCAAAACGCUUUUCUACAAAGCCACGUCCAGUCGAAAAUACACAUUCGAAAAGCUUUCGACGAUACUUUCCAAGGUUGAAGCAUGCUUUAACUCCCGGCCUCUCUCUCCAAUGUCCGAGGAUCCCUCCGACUUGCUGGCAUUAACGCCAGGCCAUUUCCUGAUUGGGGGUCCGUUGCUCUCCACAGCUGAGCCCGAAAUCAAAGGGGAAGAUAAGUCGAUAAUAAAUCGAUGGCAACACCUCAAGGCCCAGCAUCAGCAGUUUAAUGUGCGAUGGAAAGAGGAGUACCUGAAAGAACUCCAUAAGCGCAACAAAUGGCAAGUUCCAGAUCGGAACAUCCAAGUUGGCGAUAUGGUGGUUGUCAAAGAGGACAACAUACCAUCCAACGAUUGGCGACUCGGCAGAGUCGUGUCGGUCUAUCCGGGAGCCGACAGACGGGUUGGCGUCAUCGACGUCCUCACUUCGCGGGGCACAAUAAAGCGCCCAGUUCAUAAAGUUGUGCUUCUUCCGACAGAGGCUCAAAUUGUUCCGCAGCCCGGUCAAUAG